CAACAAGUACAUGUACUGAUUAGUUUUGACAUUUUACAUAAAGUUUGAUAAAACAUAAAAGACAACCGUGCAACAAAGUAGCUAUAUUGCUUUUUGGUGAAACAGGGCUUCAUACGAUCAGUUAAAAACAACACAGGCCGUAUCAUGACGUACAUAAUAGAUGAGUGGAAUUUAGCCCUGUGUGCUAUUGUGACAGUGGCGAUGCAGUUCACGUUUUUCCUGAUAGCAUGCACCUGCAAAUUUGAUAAAGUUACGGACUUUGCGGGUGGCACCAACUUUGUCGUCUUGGCUGUACUCAGCUUUUUCAUGGCACAGACCUACGCUACUCGUCAAAUCAUGGUAACUGUAUGUAUCGUUGUCUGGGGAAUCCGACUAUCCGGCUAUCUGCUCUACAGAAUCAUUAAGAUUGGAGAAGACAAGCGAUUUGACGACAAACGAGAGAACUGCCUUGCAUUUGCUGGUUUCUGGACAUUUCAGGCUGUCUGGGUUUUCACAGUUAGUCUGCCCGUAAUUAUGAUCAACGCCGAGCACAACGCCAUGGUCCGAGACUACUGGACGGCGAUGGACAUUGUUGGACUGGUUUUGUUUGUGCUUGGUUUACUGUGUGAGGCAGUAGCUGACCAGUCUAAGUUUAUGUUCAGGAACAACCCAGUCAAUAAAGGCAAAUGGUGUGAUACAGGCCUGUGGAAAAUCUCUCGUCACCCUAACUACUUUGGUGAAAUCUUACUUUGGAUCGGCAUCUUCAUAAUUAGUACAAGUGUACUUUACAAGGGAGAGUGGGCUGCAGUUCUCUCCCCUAUUUUUAUAUCCGCCAUUCUACUUUUCCUGAGUGGAAUACCGCUGUUGGAGAAAAAAGCGGAUGAGAGAUAUUAUACAAAUGAAGCCUAUGUAGCGUACAAGAACCGAACCAGUGUGCUAAUCCCCCUACCUCCAGCCUGCUACGGCUGCCUACCCCACCCCCUCAAGUGCCUCUUCUGCUGCGAGUUUCCUCUCUAUGAUAAUAAAGGAGAUGCAUCUGAAAAAAUAACCAUCACCAAGGAUUUAGAAGGUGAAAGCAAGCCGUCUGAAGGUGCAGAAAGAGUUUGAACUUGAUGGAAGUUAUAAUUAUUGUUUGAUUUGUUAUAAGGCCUAAAAAAAUAAAUUGUUUGAUUAGGGUUACAUCCUUUUCAAAAAUAGGUAGGGUAGAUAGGCUUUUUUUU